UCUUGUCAGGAAGGGUUAGAGCUAGAGUCGAGGAAGGCUUUUUUCUCCUCCGCUAAAAAAUACGGUAUACUAACGGGGGAAAACUGUGGAAUUAACUUCGCACCGCUUUUCUUCGGGAUAUUUAUACUUUUUUGGGACGUUUUGGAAUUAAUAUACAACAUCUGAUACUCACGAAGCUUUUAGAGAAAGCGCACCGACUUGGUCGACGCGUCUAAUGUACAAAACGAAACGGAAGUAACUUGCCAGCUGUCUGGCCAAGCUUGGUAGGGUCUGAAUGCCAACUUUGUACGUGAUGGAGUUGGGCAGGCAACUCUGUUUGAAGAUGAGGAAACCUAGGAAACCCCAGACUUCUUCCUCACCUGCUUCCAUUAAAGGCCUGGAAAUCCACUUUUACAGACCCGACAUUGACCCACUGAAAUACCCAAAAGGCCACUACACUGCCGAGAACCUCUGCGUGGACGCUGCCAAGAAAUGCUCUAUCUCUCCCUUGUGCCAUAACCUAUUUGCCCUGUACGAUGAGCUCACUGGCACUUGGUAUCCCCCAAACUACGAGUUCGAGGUCACAGAUGAAACCAGUAUCAAGUUCCACUAUCGUAUGAGGUUUUAUUUCAGAAACUGGCAUAGCUCCAUUGAAGGAGAGCCGUAUGUCUGGAGGCACUGCAUCAGUAAACUCAAAGGAAACAGCCCACAGAAAAUACCAGAGGGAACACCGUUACUGGAUGCUGACUCCUUGACUUACCUGUUUACUCAGAGCCAAAAUGACUUUCAGACUGGCGUAGUUCCACUCAGGAGCCCUCAGUCAGAGGCAGAGCAACAUGAGAUAGAAAACGAGUGUUUGGGCAUGGCUGUGCUUGCAAUCACUCACUACGCCAUGAACGAGAAAAUGCCUCUGUCCACUGCUUCCCAUGAAAUCAGCUACAAACGUUUCAUCCCAGAUUCGCUGAACCGCAACAUUAAGCAGCGUAACAUUCUGACACGGAUCCGCAUCAACAACGUGUUCAAGAAAUUCCUCACUGAAUUCAACAGUCGCACAGUAAAGGACAGCAACAUCACGACAUACGACCUGAAGAUCAAGUACCUGGCCACAUUGGAGGGCCUGGUCAGCAGCAUGGGCAGUGAGGUUUUUGAGCCUUCUUCACUUAGUGUAAUUCAGGAGGGAGACUUCUGCAAUGGAAGUUACUACGGAUAUUAUAAUCAGAGUCUAGGACACGCUCAGAGUCAGAACAUGGAGGCAAGCCGUGACAUGCAGGUCCUGGUUACCGGCACCACUGGUAUUUCCUGGAGGAAGAAACCCGCUACAUCGUCUGUGGCCUGUAGAGAAAAAGGAAAGUCAAAGAAGAACAAACAUGAUGCAAAACAGAAGACUGACAAAAAGAAAGAUGCAAACGAAGGCUGGGUGGUCUUCUGUGACUUCCAUGAGAUCACACAUACUGUCAUCAAAGAGGCAAUGGUCACCAUCUAUAAACAGGACAACAAGAAGAUGGAGCUGCUGAUGGAUACAAGGGCAGAGGCUCUGUCCUUUGCAGCCCUUGUGGACGGGUACUUCAGGCUGACUGUGGAUGCCCAUCACUACCUGUGCAAGGAGGUGGCUCCAGCUUCAGUGGUACACAACAUCACCAAUGGUUGCCACGGACCCAUCAGUACGGAGUACGCCGUCCAAAAGCUGCGCCAGGAGGGCAAUGAGGAGGGUGCCUACAUCCUGCGCUGGAGCUGUACUGAGUACCAGUACAUCAUCAUCACUGUGGUUUGCAGUGAGAUUGACUUGAGGGAGUCUCGUCCUGUGCGCCAAUACAAGAACUUCCAGAUUGAGGUUACCCCCAGUUCCUUCACUCUACACGGCACAGAUACAUCACAAUCCACUCUUAAGGAGCUGCUUGAGCACCUGGAGGGCCAGAAUCUGCGUAGCGACAACCUUCAGUUCCAGUUGGUCCGCUGCUGCCCCCCACAGCCAAGAGAGAUUUCAAAUCUCCUUGUGGCCACCAAAAACAGAGCAACAGCCCCUAAGAGACACAUGCCAGGCAAUCAAGUCAGCUUCCCACGCAUUCUCAAAGAGGACAUUGAGCAGGAGGAGCACCUAGGUAUAGGUACAAAAACCAACAUUUACUCGGGCACUCUGAAGGUGAAGGGUGAGGAGGAGGAGGAUGCAGGAUACACAUCCUUCCAGGAAGUCAAAGUGGUCCUAAAGGUGCUGGGUUCUGGACACAGGGACAUCUCCAUGGCUUUUUUUGAAACAGCCAGUAAGAUGCAACAAGUGUCCCAUAAACAUAUUGUGCUGCUCUAUGGAGUGUGUGUCCACCACCAGGAGAAUAUCAUGGUGGAGGAGUUUGUCCAGCUAGGACCACUGGAUUUGUUUAUGAGGAGACAACAGACUCCACUCAGCACAUCGUGGAAGUUCCAGGUGGCCUUGCAGUUGGCAUCAGCCCUCAGUUACUUGGAGGACAAAAAGCUGGUCCAUGGCUUUGUGUGUGCUAAGAACAUACUGCUGGCCAGAGACGGACUUGGUAAUGAUGAAGGAGGGCCAUUCAUUAAGCUCAGCGACCCAGGAAUACCAAUCACAGUGCUCACUAGAGAGGAGUGUGUGCAUCGUAUCCCGUGGAUCGCUCCAGAGUGUGUGAGGAAUGCCUCGUCACUGGGUGUCGCAGCUGACAAAUGGGGAUUUGGUACUACUCUGUGGGAGAUCUGCUAUGAUGGCGAGGUUCCCCUCAAAGACAAGAAGCUUACAGAGAAGGAGAGAUUUUAUGAAACAGAGUGCCAACUGGCCACCCCGGACUGCACAGAGCUAGCUGAACUCAUGACCCACUGCAUGAACUAUGACCCCAAGAAGAGACCUUUCUUCAGGGCUAUUGUCAGAGAGAUGGAUCAGCUCAUAGAAAAAAACCCUUCUAUCAAACCCCAGCCAACACCAGAUGUUGACCCAACCAUGUUUGAAAAGAGAUUUCUCAGGAAGAUCAGAGAUCUGGGAGAGGGUCACUUUGGUAAGGUGGAGCUAUGCCGCUACGACCCUAGGGGGGACCGAACGGGCGAGCUGGUGGCUGUGAAGUCGCUGAAGCCCGAGAACCGAGAAGAGCAGAGCAACAACCUCUCCAGAGAGAUCGACAUCCUGAAGGAUCUCUACCAUGAAAACAUAGUCAAAUAUAAGGGCAUUUCCCAAGAAGAAGGUGGUCAGGCUAUUAAGCUGAUCAUGGAGUAUCUUCCACUGGGCAGCUUGAAGGAGUAUCUGCCCAGAAACAGAGCCAGGAUUAGCAUCCCCACCUUGCUCAGCUACUCUGUGCAGAUAUGCAAGGGAAUGGACUAUUUGGGAUCUCAAAAUUACAUCCACCGUGACCUGGCUGCCCGAAACGUGCUGAUGGAGAACGAGACGACUGUAAAGAUUGGUGACUUUGGCCUCACGAAGAGCAUCAAAGAUAACGAAGGUUAUUACACAGUCAAGGACGAGAAUGACAGCCCUGUUUUCUGGUAUGCUCCAGAGUGUCUGACUCUCUGUAAGUUUUACCUUGCUUCAGAUGUUUGGUCCUUUGGGGUGACGAUGUAUGAACUCCUCACUUACUGCGACUCUGCCAAGAGCCCGAUGAAUUGCUUCCUCGAAAUGAUUGGUAAAACUCAUGGUCAGAUGACUAUCAUCCGGUUGGUGAAGGUGUUGCAAGAAGGAAAGAGGCUGCCGUGUCCUAAAGACUGUCCUGACUCUGUGUAUGAGCUGAUGCGAAGAUGCUGGGAGCAGUCACCUGAGAGGAGGAUCACCUUCAAGCGCCUGAUCGAGGAGCUCACCACCGCUCAACAGCUCGCCCAACAGCAGCAGCAGCAACAAAACAGCCAACCAACUUUCUGAGGUGCUUGCAGUGAAGCUGACUUUGCUUGCCAGUCUGGAUGCAAAUGGAGAUCCUGACCCCCGCCCCUCCUUCAGAUCAGCAUCUGCUUGUGCAGCUUUAUUGUAAAGUCACGCUCCUUCAUACUCACGUUUAAACUUUUAACUACCAUGGCAUAGUCUGCUAUAUUUUUUAAGGUUUUUAUUUCACAUAUAUUCAGAUUUUCUGUUUUCAGUUAAGAGUAUUAGAAAAAUAUUUUAGCCUUAUUCUAUACUACAUGACCUGAUCGCUUACUUCCAGCUGUCUUGAAUAUUAUAAACGAUUUGCACUGUCUUGUGGCCCAAAGACCUUCGAAUUAUGCAGGACUCUUGAUGAUGGACAAUGGAAAGAUUUUUAAAAAAAGCCAAGGAAGGGACUCUUUUAUGCCUGCAUUUAAUGGUUACAUCACAGCCUUAUUUGGGAUGGAUAGCUGGCAAAAUCACGCUAGAAAAGCUCACAUGGAUGGAUGGAUGGAUGGGAUAAAGAAGAUGGAACAUAACCACAGAUAUCCAAGCUGUGGCUUCAGAGUUUUGUGCCACUGCUGUUUUGUUUUAUGGACUCCUCUUUUUGGGAGAAACUUGCCAGAUUUGAGCCUAGGAAUUAUGUGUGAUAAACAUCUGGAUUUGCUGUUCGUGAUGUGCACAUGCAGUCACAAAGAAGUGGCAUGUUAUUAGAGCCAGUAGUCAGUCAGCAUUUUUCCUUCCACCGCACUCUUGUGACUGUUUUACAGAUUAAAUAUUUGCACGGUUAAAAACCAUCAGUUCUUACUUGUAAUUUCACGUUUUUUUCCUGAUUAACAAGAAAAUUAAACAAAAUCUUUUGAGCGUUUUGGGAAUUUUGUGGACCAUUUGAAAAAAUGCAAGCACUGCGUUUACACAAGAACAGAAAAUCUGUUAUUUUUUGUGUUCUUUCGAUGUAAUGGAUGGAUCAGUUAUAUCUUAACAGUCGAAUGUUAUUUGUGAGUACAAUACUUGCGAGAGGCACUUGAGGGCAGUACAACUAUACUUUUCCUUUUCUCUGAUGUUAUGGGGCUUUUAGUCUGAACCACAAAUAUUAUAUAUCAAAUACAUAGAUUGAUUUUUUGAAGUAGAGAAAAAUUCUCACUAAUGUGGAUUGUCUGUGAAGGAAUUUUAGAUGAUGUAACAAAAGCAAAAGUGGUGAUUUUAUACAUUGUGUGCAUGCCUUUUUUCCCCCCCAAUUUGCUAAAAAAGUAUAAUUUCUCCAACAGUCAUAUCGUCUGUGCAUUUUACAGUGUAUACGUGCAUUUAUCCAUGUGUAUGUUGUAUCAUUUGAGCAGAGGGCUUUCGAUAUGCAGCCAGAAACUUUGUGCUCAGUCAUGUAUAACAACCCCAGAAACAGUAGAGUCUACAUAAAGGCGACAAACAGGAGAGGGAUGUGUUUCAGCCCACAUUUUAUUUAGGAAUGUAAAAGACAAUUCCUUCUGCUCUAAAUAAGAGAAAAGAAAUAUAUAUUUUUCAAAAAAAAAGAUGUAAGUAUGACUUAUGGAAUUUAAAAUGAUCCAUAAAUACACCAUGAAAAAAUAAAUAAAAUCAAUGUUUGUGUUGUGUUUUGUCUGUCAGUCCAAAUUCAGUAUCAUCACCUUCUGAAAACAGCUGGUUCUGUACAUUACAGUUUGCAAGUAGGCAUGCUAAGAUUGCUCUAGAAAGACCUUAUUCACAGUAAAACAAUAUCAAUGUAAGUGUGAUAUAAAAUUUUUGCAAAAUCUAAUGUAUAUUUCAGGUCAGAAAAAAAACAAAACAAAAUAAACACAUACUUAAAAAGCAGAAGCUGUUUACAAAGCAAUAAGCAACAGCAAAUCCUAGAUUCAUCUACAGCCAUUAAAAUGUGUUAGAAAAAAAACCCCUCAGAAAUACUUUAGUAUUGCAAAGCUUUGUGAUCAACACACGCACGCAGUCAUUCACUAUUGCAAAGUCCAGCAUCAACGCUGGUCUUGUGUAAUACGCAGGAUACAUAUUGAGUACAGAGGCAUCGCACUGAUGCUGAGAGGGAGCUCGGUUUACACAAGAACAGAAAGAAGAAAGAAAAUUGUGGAUUUGGCUGUGUUUGUGCAAAUUCUACAAACAAAUAAAUCACAAUUCGGCUAAACAGCACAAGACACAACAUUUUCUAUUCUAAUGGAAACGGAGCUCUCAGACAAUCAGCCCGACUGUUUUUUCAUGUCAUUUAUAUAGCUCCAGUCUAUUAACAACUCCUUUUUGUUAAAGUUGCAUUUGCACAUAGUUUAUCCAGAGCUCUAAAGUCUAAAAAUCAACCACGCAACACAAGACUGGAGAGCAUCGUUUAGUUCACAUGUACAAUCGUCAGGAGGCCGUCACAUGUAGCUGGUGGUACAGAGAGGCACAAAAAAUAAAGAAACUGCCCUUUAUCUUGUCAAUCUAACCCAUAUAACAAUAAUCAAUAACAAAAAAAGGAACUGGAACUCAACAUUAGAGAAAGCCUUAAAAAUACUAUUUGUACUGUGAAUACUGGGAGGAAGAUUAUAAUAUUGCAACACAGGUUCUUUUUUUAACAACAUAGAGAAAAGAGAAGUGACACCAGUGAAUCUUGACCUGUAUGUUGUGAUGGGAGGCAAAUGACAAAGUCAAAAAUGUUGAGUUACUACGCUGCACCAAGCGUUUAAAUGCACAAAUUAAAAACUCUCCAGAAUGCAAAGGUUUGGUUCAGGCACAGUGAAACCAAAAGCCUGUAAUUCUCCCCAAAAAUCCUACUGUUAGCACAAAUCAUUAAGUAUUAUCAAUGUGCCUUUUGUCCUGUUUUCCUCACAGUCUUCCUGUUAAAGGGGAGUUUUUCCUUCCCACUGUUGCCAAAGCUCUUGCUUAUAUGGGGUCAUGUGAUUGUUGUAGGGUCUUUACCUUAAUAUAAAGCACUAUUUGUAUAAAUAAAAGUUAAUUGAACAGAGGCAGCACAACAGCACCCCCUGGUGUAUGUGUUUACACAGACUCUACGCAUUCACUGCAAUGUAUCAUCUUCAGCUGUGUGAAACUGCCAGUCAGACGUGUCACGGUUUCUACUUUCUGUUUGAAGGCUGAAGGCUGGUGACCCGUUCCCCCCCUCCCCCCCGUUGAGGAGGCUGGAUGAUUCACUCUACAGGCGAUAAAAUAACACGCCUAAUUAUAUGAAUGUCUUAUUAUGUCUUCAUCGAGAUUCAGCUCUAAACAGAAGAACUGUGCCAGAGCGAAGGGGGGAAAUGGUGUUCGAGAGUCCAUCUAAUACUCAUACUCUACCAAAUGAGAGGAGACAUUUUCCAGUGUGCUGGAGUAUGAGUAUGUGUGUCUGUGACAGCUCUACAGGUACAUGCAACAUGCAGGAGUCUGGCAGACAGAAACACUUCACUGAGCAAGCAGACAGAAUUUAAAAAAAAGAAAAAGAUAUUCCUGCAGGCUGAGUAGCUGAAGGCAGCUGGAGUUGUUUAUCCAUCGCUCUCUUUCUUUCAGCCCGUCUCUCCUUACUCCCAUUAGCUGCCAGAAGCCCAUUUUUAGAGAGCUUCAGCCCCAUAAGCGCGUACACAGCGCCAGCUAAAUUCACCCCGCCGGCUCAACUCAUAAUGUGGAAAUUCAGGAACGUUAAGAAAGCUUCGAAACAAGGGAGAUAUUUACUGAAGGGAUGACAAAUGGAAGUUUGGAAGCUGUGGCAAACACAGUUUAACGAUGCAUAUCUGCUAUUGGUAGAUGUGCGAUGUUCACGAACAAAGCAGAAGUGAAGGAAGAGCUAAAAAUAAAUAAAUAAAUAACACUGGGCUUGAAGUGAGGAUGGUGUAGCUGUUUCUCUAGCAGCCCCAAAGGACAAAACAGAGAGAGAGGAAAAAAGGGAAAAAGCCUAAAUCUAGACAUCCCAAAACAAACAGGUGAAGCGCUACAAAAACAGACACCAGCGCACAGGAUGGACUCUUUGACCUGCGCAGACAGGUGAAGACAGGGAAGAGGAACAACUGUACACUGUAUAUUAAGCAAACAAAAAUGGAUGCUGUUUUGUGGGAUAGCUUUCACAGUUUAGUGAAGCUGCAAUGGUUUAAAUUAGAAACCACACGGCAGCAUGUCAAUUACAAAGUCAGUACUGAAAUCAUAUCCUGUUUUUUCAUUUCACUACAAAUAGAAUCACUUUACUAAAAUACACACACUGAAGACGACCUGAAACAAGACAGUGAGACCUCAAGAGCAAAAAGUAGGAUCAUUUUCUUAAACCAGAGGAGUCGCCCCCUGCUGGCCAUGAAGAUUUUAAAAAAAUGCAGGUCAACUUUUCACAGGUCCAUCUUUUAUUUACAGUUUAUGAGCCUGAUGGGCCUUGUAGCACUGCUCCUUAUUUAAAGAUCCUGGGACUGUAACAAUUGCUCUUGUAACCUUUGUGUUUUUGCAUGUUUAACUUCAUUGUUGUGCUUUCUCUCACUUAUGUGCUUAGUCUAAAGGGGCCUCUGCACACUUCUAUUAGAUGCAAAUGUAAUCAAUAACUAAAAACACUUCUUACAGAACACGUUUGCUCUGUUUAUCCCCAGUGGCUGACGAAUUACAGCUUGAAUAGUGGAAGGACAAGGUUUGUGUGAACUGGGCAGAGAAGGACAGCGGGGUGUGUUAGCUCAACAAUGCCACCUGUUUAAUGUUACACCGGCUAACAUCGCUAACCCUGAAAUAUGAGAAGAAGAAUAGAAUUACUGCCAAGUCUUAAUAAACCAGUACAUUCAAACAAUGGUACCGCACUGAAUCUCAUUUCUUCACUUAGAUUAGGGGCUGAGUUCCAAACUAUUCAGACAAUUCCCUCCUGAAUUUGAAUACAUUUUCUGGGAAGUUUUAUAAAUUAAUAAACAUGUUCAAAAAAGAGCAAAGGUACUUCUGUGAUAGAAAACAAGGUCUAAAAGAUCCAAGCUUUAUGAAAUUGAAUGGAUUUAGUCCACAGUUUUCAGACGUUCUGCAAUAUUGUACAUAGUAACGACACUACGCAGAUAAAAAAGAUGACACAACUGAUGAAAAACCACUAAAAUAAUUCAGGCGUCACUGACUUUAGUAAGAGGAUCCAGACUGGACAGACAGACAGACAGGAAAGCAGAAAAGCAAACAGUGCAUUUUAAAGUCUGCUGCCUCAGCUGUUCAUCUACAAAAACAGAGGCCCUGCUCAUAACACACACAUAGAGGCUGACAUAGACGGGCGCUUCUAACUUAAAAGAGGGGAAGGUGAGAGCUGUCACCUGACAAAAAAAGAAGAAGAGCAGAGCUGGAGUCCAGCUGGCUGCCUUUAUUUUAUUUUAUUUUAUUUUAAAGCACUCGGUGCUGGGAAGCAAAUCAAACUGUGGCCCGAGACAGGCCGCACAGCCAACUAGUCCAGACAACCACAUCGCCAUAAAAUCUACUGAAGCACUUUGAGCUGAUUCACAGGAGACCCGAGCAAAGCACAGUACAGCAGGGGGAAAAGUAAUCUAUUAAAAGAAGUGCUUGAAAGGGUCACGUGAAAGCUGAUUUGACUGCUGACACAGACUUCAUGGGCCAAAUGAGGUUCACUCUCCUUAAUUUCUAACAAACGAGCCUUCUACGAGAACAGCUCAGCAGAUAAUGAAUUUAUCUAAUGUGCAAAUUCAUAUUGCUGCUGUGCUUUUAAAUGUACAGGUAUGUAACGGGGAGGUUCUGGGACAGACAUAUGGUGUGAGAAUGCUCACAUGGUUUCAACUGCUCUACUCCUCCACUUCUGUGCCACACAGCUCUCCACGUGUACACCUUUUGUUUCCCAGAACCGGCCAAUCAGAAGGGAGGGUAGAGUUUUUAAGUCCGUGGAUGAAGCCUAGUGUAAGCUGAGAAUCAUGCAAAGCUACUCUAGAGUCCAAGAUCAACAACGUGGAGGUAUGAGCAGAAUAAGGGCACUUUAAUCAUUUGGAUGAUGAUUAGGCUCCAUGAGAGGUGUUUUGAGUCCCAGCUUUAGUUACAAGAUUUCUGCCUGGUGACUUUUCAGUUUGUGCAGGUAUAUAAAGCUGCUGCUGUAUUCAGGGUUACACCUAUGUUCUCAAAAUGAACUUCAAAGAGAGGUUUAGGGGAAUGUUUUGGCCCAUCUUAAAGUUUCAUAGCCUUUAAAUGGCUAAUAAAAUAAUAAUAAUGAUAAGAAAAGAGGCGGUCCGAUAAAAUGGGACGGAGCUGUGAGAUGGGGAAGUUGUGCGACAGUUUUCACUGGCUUCACUGUAAUCUGAAGACCUGCGACAUCAUGGAACACGUGAGAGUCCAAUUUAUUGCAAACCACAGAAAGCAGACAAAGACGGAAAACAGGAAGGUGAGCUUGUGUGUUUAUUGUCCUUAAUUUACCGGGGUUUUUUUUUUUCCCAUUUUAAGAACAAUCCUGACAUUCGGCACACCUGUCACACAGGCGGCAGCAAACUCACACCAGAUUACUUGGACUAAACGAGUGUGUGAACAUUAUAUAUCACCAGUCACUGGUGUUCACACUAGUUGGGAGCGUGUGUUUUUCGGUGUGGCUGCAAUAACAACAUAUGUAUUUUUCUGCACAGGAAUAUUAAAAAAAAUCGAUUUUGAGCAGAACGUGAAGACAGACAGGAAAGAGGAGAAAAGUUUCACUUUGCGCUGCGUGAAUGGCAAAAUUGUUUACACUGCAAACUUCUGCACAAGUUCUACAUUCAACCUUCCAGCAGGAGAAGUGGGAACCUUAGUUAUUGCCAGUUUGUUAGACACAGAGGGCCGCAUGCACAAACCUAAAAUCCAAUGAAUCCUAAAAUUAUGAAUAAAAAGUAAAACCUGUCCUCUGUAAUGAACACUGCACAAAUUGCCUGGAUACUGCCUGUGCCACAAAUAUCUCACCGGCAGAAAAAUGCACAUUAAAGUGGACCUAUUAUGGUUUUCUUCAUCACAUACAGUGACAAUAGUGUGUGCUCAUAUGAAAUAUGAACACAUUUUCAAAUAAUGAGGUAUUUUGUUUUUGAGGACCAAUCAGAAUAAAGUCGACCUGAAGAGGGGGCGUUGUCUUUUUUCCAGUCAGGGGAUGAAGCCCAGUGUAAGCCUGUAAAUCAUGCAAAGCUACUCUAGCAGAGUCACAGAUUGUCAAUGGUGGUAAUGAGCAGAAUAGGUCCACUUUGAUCAUUUACCCCCAAACACACACAUAAAAAAGACCCUCCCUACAAGCAUGAAAUUAAAGUGCAGAAACUCACUUUCAAAGCAGCAUGUUAGUAGCAUCUCGUGAGCAAAAAAAAGAAAAAUAAAAGAGCUGAAAACCGUACAGACCAUCUCAUACAGCAUACAAUCCUACUGUUUUAUUAUAACAGCGACUUAUGCAAUAUGCACACCAUGCAAAUAUAUCCAAAAUGACUUUCAAAUGUCACUGCCAGUUAAAUCUCUCAGUAAUGACUAAAUGCUUUUGUUUUUGGCUAAAAACAAACCGCUUAUAUUGUUUUUUUAAAGGUGAUCCUGAAGCUGUUUCACCACCGCCAGCCAUCAGUUGAUCAUUUCAUCCAGCUAAGAUUUGCUACUCACGAGAGAAGCAACAGCACGUUUUUUAAUAGCGAUUUGAGUACAACUUUAUUCGCAAAAGCAAACACACUCGAAACCUGCUUUGAUUAGUAAAUUACUUGAAUUGCCUUGUAAUGUUAUUAUAUUACAAAUAUAUAACAGUAUAGGUAUAAACAAAACAAAUCAGACACUAAAAGGUUUUACCUUCAUUCAUGUUGUACAACAGGCUCGCAGAGGAGCUCAGAAACAUCCAUUGUAUGUGAUAUUGUCUGUUACACAUGGCUUUAUAUAUUCUGUAUUACACUGCACUAUUUACACCAGCCUUUUAUUAUCCAUCCAGUCAUUGUAAGAAAAGUCCAUUCAUUGAGGGAAGCUUUAAAUUAAGGGCUUUGAUUGGUUUAGGCCCUUUUUUUCCUGAUGUGCUCCCAAACCUUGGGAUUGAAAUGGCUGACAUUUCCUACAGAUACAGCAAAGCGGCACACACACACGCGCAUAAAUACGCACACACACGUACUCUAAUU